AUGUCUGAUUCAUCACCUACUAUCAAUUUCAUUAAUUUCAAUCAAACCGGAACGUGCAUCUCCCUUGGGACAUCAAAAGGUUUCAAGAUAUUCAAUUGUGAGCCCUUCGGGAAAUUUUAUUCGGAGGACAGUGGUGGCUAUGCUAUCGUUGAGAUGCUUUUCUCCACGUCGUUGUUGGCUUUGGUCGGGAUAGGUGAUCAACCUGCACUUUCACCAAGGAGGUUGCGCAUAAUAAACACUAAAAAACAUUCUAUAAUCUGUGAGGUGACUUUUCCCACGUCUAUCCUGAGUGUAAAGAUGAAUAAGUCUCGACUAGUGGUGCUUUUGCAAGAGCAGAUUUAUAUUUACGAUAUCAACACUAUGAGAUUAUUGCAUACUAUAGAAACGAACCCCAACCCACGUGGCCUUAUGGCCACCUCACCUUCAGUGGCUAAUAGCUACCUCGUGUAUCCAUCGCCACCAAAGGUUAUCAACUCAGAAAUCAAGGCUCACGUCACUACAAACAAUGUCACACUAUCCGUUGGUGGUAACACGGAAACCGCUUUCAAGAGAGACCAGCAGGACAUCGGCCAUAAUGAUAUCAACGACUUGGAUCAGUAUUCAAGCUUUUCUAAGAAGGAUGAUGCAGAUCCAGCAAGCAGUAACGGCGGCAACAGCAGCAUAAUAAAGAAUGGCGAUGUGAUUGUGUUCAACUUGGAGACAUUACAACCCACCAUGGUCAUCGAAGCUCACAAAGGUGAAAUUGCGGCGAUGGCAGUCAGUUUUGACGGGACAUUAAUGGCCACGGCUUCUGAUAAGGGCACUAUUAUCAGAGUGUUUGAUAUCGAAACGGGUGAUAAGAUCUAUCAAUUUAGGAGGGGGACCUACGCGACGAGGAUCUACUCCUUAUCAUUCAGUGAAGACAGCCAAUACUUGGCGGUUACAGGCUCCUCCAAAACCGUACAUAUCUUCAAAUUAGGGCACUCGGUGAGCAACAACAAACUGGACAGCGACGAUAGUAAUAUGGAAGAAGCCACGGCCGAUGAUUCAUCAAUGGAUACCAACAGUAUCGACGCAUUCAGUGAUGAAGAAACCCCGACAAGACUCGCAAGAGAACCGUACGUGGAUGCGUCAAGAAAAACGAUGGGUAGGAUGAUACGUUAUUCCUCUCAGAAACUAUCCCGAAGAGCCGCCAGAACACUGGGACAGAUCUUUCCCAUUAAAGUCACCUCGCUAUUGGAAUCAUCGCGCCAUUUUGCAUCUUUGAAACUUCCCGUCGAAGCGAAUUCUCAUGUGAUGACCAUAUCCAGUAUCGGCUCUCCUAUAGAUAUAGACACGUCCGAGUAUCCGGAACUAUUCGAAACAGGCAGUUCCGCAGGUACAGAGCCCUAUCAUGACCCCAUUAUGAGGAUGAUCCCCAUCAGAGUAGUCUCCUCGGACGGAUACUUAUACAACUUUGUCAUGGACCCGGAAAGAGGCGGCGACUGCUUAAUAUUAUCACAAUACUCCAUAUUAAUGGAUUGA